GAGACGGUUGGGUCUUCCCACUUCUGCCCAGGGAGGGGGGUAAGCGGGGAAACGGGACAUCCACUCGCAUUCCAGGGGACCACCCAGCUCCUGGUGGGUACUUUCCGUUUCCAAACACUCUCUCAGAAACCUCCUCUCUUUCUCCAGCGGCUGCGUUUCCCCCUUUUUUCCCCUCUCCCCCCCUUUCCCUGCGGCUUGGUACGGCCGGGCCUGAGGCGGUGCUGCCGUUGCCGGGCGGCGGGGUCGGGCGCUUGGCGACGGCCGCCAUGGACCGCGCUGCCGUGGCUAAGAUGGGGGCGGUGGCCAGCGCCAGCCUCUGCGCCCUGGUGGGCGGCGUGGUGCUGGCCCAGUACAUCUUCACCAUGAAGAAGAAGACGGGCAGGAAGACGAAGAUCAUCGAGAUGAUGCCAGAAUUUCAGAAGAAGACUGUCCACAUUAAGGACCCAGGGAGAGUAGAAGAGAUUAUCUGUGGCCUCAUCAAAGGUGGAGCUGCAAAACUUCAGGUUAUUACAGAUUUUGAUAUGACAUUAAGUAGAUUUUCCUACAAUGGAAAAAGAUGUCCAACUUGUCAUAACAUCAUUGAUAACUCUAAACUCAUCACAGAGGAAUGUCGGAAAAAGUUACUGCAGCUGAAAGAAACAUAUUAUGCUAUUGAAAUUGACCCAGCCCUCACUAUUGAAGAAAAAUACCCAUAUAUGGUAGAAUGGUACAAUAAAUCUCAUGCAUUACUCAUUGAACAAGGCUUAGAAAAGGAUAAGUUUGCAGAAAUUGUGAGGGAAUCUGAUGUUAUGCUGAAAGAAGGAUAUGAGAACUUCUUUGAUAAGCUCAGUGAACAUAAUAUCCCCGUGUUCAUAUUUUCUGCCGGGAUUGGGGACAUUCUUGAGGAAGUUAUCCACCAGGCUGGAGUCUACCAUUCUAAUGUCAAAGUGGUUUCCAAUUUCAUGGAUUUUGAUGAAAAUGGAAUAUUAAAAGGAUUUAAAGGAGAAUUGAUUCAUGUUUACAACAAACAUGAUGGUGCCUUGAAGAAUACAGAGUAUUUCAAACAACUAAAAGACAACAGUAAUAUAAUACUGCUGGGUGAUUCCCAAGGAGACUUGAGUAUGGCAGACGGAGUAGCAAAUGUUGAGCACAUUCUUAAAAUUGGGUAUCUCAAUGACAAAGUAGAUGAACUUUUGGAAAAAUAUAUGGAUUCUUAUGAUAUUGUCUUGGUGAAAGAUGAAUCCCUGGAAGUUGCCAAUUCUAUCCUACAGAAAAUCCUGUAAAUUGCAGUCUCAAGACACUCCAUUCCUUCUAGAAGGCAACUGGACAGAAGAGCACAUGUGCUAUCUUAAGUGUCUAUUACUCAUUGACAGAACUGUUUAAUUUAAAACUUUUAUCUUCAUUUUGGUAUUUUGAAGUAUAUAUGGUACCCAUUGUCAACUAGAAGCUCCUUUUAGUGCUGUUAUGCUGUUCUUUGUCUCACACUCCUAUUACAACUAGAUUUAAAUUGGAUUUAUAGAUGUGAUAUACUGCUUCUGAUGGGAUACCAUGGUUCACUGUCUUUUUAAUCAGGCAUUUCAGAAGAGCAUUUUAGCAAAUGUGACUAUUUUGUAAAACUGAAGAUGUAAACAUUCUGUGAAUAAGCACUGUACACAGGAUUGUUUUGCCUUUUCUUCUUUCAAAGAAAAGAUCUUGGUAUCAGCUAUACUCAUAUGCUACAGACUGUCACAGAAUUUUUCAUACAUAUUUUCUUCAAUAAAAAUGCUUCAUUCACCUAG